CGCCGGCUCGUAAAAUCAGCAAACUUGCCCGCGAGAACCCGGGGACCGAAGAAGAUAUUUUUUUUCCCGCCCAACCGCAGAAAUGGAAAUGGAAAAGAGGAAAGCUAAUUAGAUUUCCGAGAGCCCCCUUCUCCUCCUAUAAAUCCAAUUCCCACCCCUUGCCCCUCCCUUUCCUUCUCGUGCCUCCUCUCGCUCCCUUUCCAGCAGUUCCCCGACCGUCCAUGCGAUAUAUCUCCGGCGAUGGACGCCGAUGAGGCCGGAUCCGACGGCUCCUGUUACUACUCCCUCCUCGGGAUUCGGAGGAACGCCUCCUCCUCCGAUAUACGCACCGCCUAUCGCAAGCAAGCCCUCCAAUGGCAUCCGGACCGGUGGGCGAAGGACCCGGCGGCGAUGGGGGAAGCAAAGCGGCGGUUCCAGCGGAUCCAGGAGGCCUACUCUGUUCUUUCCGACAAGGGCAAGCGCGCCAUGUACGACGCCGGCCUCUACGACCCCCGCGAAGAGGACGACCAGGAUUUCACCGAUUUCAUGCAAGAGAUGCUAGCGAUGAUGGACAGCGUGAAAACGGAGAAGCCGGAUAGCCUGGAGGACCUGCAGAAGAUGCUGGCGGAUAUAGUGAACGGCGAUGGCGGGACCACCGAUUUCGGUGGGCCUCACCACAGCGACGCGCGCCGAAGGCCGUUGGAUGCCUCCAAGGGGACUCGCGUCGCCCCGCGCCCUGCGAUGCGGCGUUGAUCUUUCUUUGGUUCCGGUGUACUUAAAUAAAAAAAAUAUAUUAGAAGUUAAUAAUAAAAUUGUUGGUGUGGUCUUUUAAAUUUAAUUUACUCUUUUAGUCUUUCUUUA